GUCACAACCGAAGCACCGCCCCCUCCCCCCGAACGCCUCAGGCGCUCCCGCCCGUGUGAGUCCGCGCCGACGAGAUGGCGGCCCUGGAGGCAGCGAGCGCGCCUCUGUCGCCGCUGGAGUGCCACAUCAUCCACGAGGUGUACGACAGCGAGUACGCGCAGGAGCAGUUCGAGCUGGAGCUUGAGCGCGCGCUCGAGUCGCAGUUCAAGUACAUCGUAGUGGAGCCGGCACGGCUCGGCGACGAGACGGCCCGCUGGAUCGCCGUCGGCAACUGCCUGCACAAGACGGCCGUGCUGGCGGGCGCCUCCUGCCUGCUCAGCCCCUUCCUGCUGCCGGCGCCGCACGCCCACCUGCUCAGCCUGCCGGCGGGGCUUCUGUCGGCGAGCUGCGCGGCGCUCUACGGCGUCUCGUGGCAAUUCGACCCGUGCUGCAAGUACCAGGUGCAGUACGAGGCGCGCGAGCUGGCGCGCCUGCCGCUGCACACGCUGCGCUCCGCCUCGCCCGUCGUGCUCGUGCGCAAGGACGACACGUACCGCAAGCGGCUGCACAACACGCUGGCGCUCGCCUCCCUCCUCUACUGCGUGCACAAGGUGUGGGAGCUCUACCUGCAGUGAGGGGGGGGGGCUCCGGGUUUGGGUGGAGGGGGGGCGGUGGUGCCACCUGGCUGGGGGUGGGAAAGGGGGGGAGGGAGUGGGCAAGGGAAGAUCCUCGCCAAUUUCCCGCCCACUCGCUCACCACCCGCCCACUCACCGCCCGCCCACUUUCCUGGUCACCCGCCCACCUGGUCGCCUGCCCGCCCACCCGCCCGGCGCAGCACAGACUUGUUAAGACCGUGGCCACCGGCCUCGGGGUGCAGGAAGGGCAGACGUGUGAGUGUGUGCGUGUGUGCGCGUAUGUAUGUGUGCGCGUGCGUGUGUGUGUGUGUGUACGUUCGCCGGGUCACAAGCGGCACGUGGGCCGUGACCCCCCCCCCCCAACGCAACUGGGAACAGUCGGACAAGGUCCUGACGUUGUGCGCGUCGGUUGAGCCGCAGAGCCCAGGAUUUGCGUCGUCGUCGUCGCUACGAGAGUGGAAGUCCGCCUCCUCCUCCUCCUCGGCUGCUGCUGCAGCAGCCUUGGCCCGGCGGGCAGGGGUGAGUGUAGAGGGAGCCCUGGUGAUUAUAAUAGUGUAUUAUAAUAAUCGCAAGCAAAGCCGCACCCUGAAUGUGUAGGAGGGAAACAAAACAAUAAAUUGCAGUAACCAUGCGAGAUGUUAUUUAUUUGUUUGCUCCGAAUGAUGAUGACGAUGAUUAUGUAGAUCGGCAGUCGGUCGUGUUCCUGUGUAGCUGCUUCGUCGUCACCUCUGCCCCGGGGGCGGCGGUGGGGGGGGGCAAGAGCUCUUGAGCGUCGCGCAAAUAGCGCCGACGGUGGCGCCGCCCGCCCACCUCGUGGCCUGCCUGGGGGCCAGACGGAUCCCCGCAUCCGUUGCGGCCGCGCGCCAUUGGAUCAUGCACGUGGUCCUGCCCCCCCCCCCCCCCGCCCUGCCCAGUUACGCGCUCGCGAGGUGACGCUCAAAAAUGGGGGUUGGGGCGUGGAUGAGGGCCCCCCCUCCCCCCCUCCCCCAUCCACCUGUGUGGUUUGGGUUGGGCAGCCCUCCCCUGGGGGUAACGUCUCGUCUGCGGCGCUUGUGACGCACGCGUUCCUUGGCUCGGGAAGGAGAGGGCGUUCGUGUCGUUGCUACCGUUGGGAGGAUGCUGCCGCGUAGGUUUUUUCGCGGCACAGCCUCGCGGUGCACAAGAUGGCGUUGAACCUGUCCACCAACCCCCUAGGGUAGCGAUUCGCCGAAUAGCCACGAUUCAGGGUUGUGAUCCGAUUAUUAUUUUCUUAAGCUUCGACGUCGGUGUUGGCAUCCCUUGAAGCGGCGGAGCGAUUUCCCCCGCUUCGGCGCGCGGCUGCUCGCGUUUGAUGCGAGUGGCCGACUAGCACGGUCGACUACGUACGGCGCGAAAGAGGUUCAACGUACGUACUUGACCGCCGACGUUCGGCUUACGAGACGCUCAAAGAGUCGUAAACGUAGCGAGAGACUUGCCCGCCCCCCCCCCACCCCUUCCCGAUCACCUGCGGUGGAUGGGUUAACGGCUCAUCCCACCCAUCGCUCGGGUUUCCCACCAAAUCACGCAAAAACAUUUCAGCCUCGCCCUCCCACCAUGUCUUGACGGCCACGCAGAGGGGGGGGGGGGGGGGAGGCUCUACACACGUGUCUUCUGACCGCCCGUUUAAUUUUUUCGACGGCGUCCCGUCGCGCCCGGUCCGAUCGUGCGUUGUGGUGUCCAGCGGAAUUUCACUCGAGGUCCCGUGCGCCGAGCUGGGGGCGGCGUGGUAAGAGUUCCUCUCCGCGCCGUUCGCGAUGCGCGAGACGAAGCACGAAGCUGCCCCUGCCCCCUGCCCCUGCCCAGCCACCUGGACCGGAGCCCGAUGCCGCGUGGCGUUAACGCCGCGCGCGAAUUAACCGCCGAGAACACCGCGCCGCCGCCACCGCCUGCCGCACAGUGAAUGUUCAAGAUCCCGCCGUGAUGUCGUUCGGAAGAGUGCAAGCCCGCUCGCGGGGCGGUGUCGCGGUUCAAAUUUUUGCCAAAACGUGAAGAAAAAAAAAUCUCCGCAAGGGCGAAUUGCUUGGGAUGGAUAUACGGACGGCGAACACCGUCCCUCCCGACAGGACGCCCCUGGAAGGAGAGUGUCGAGACCCAGCGAAGCUCUCCCGGGCGACGGCGUUCGCCCCCGAUCGUAAAAUGUCUUCGUCAGCUCGACAGCAGUAGCAACUGCCACCAACCAGCACCAGCACCACCAGGCUACUGCCCGUAAAAUGUGUUACUUGUUGAUUUUUUUUGUUUUUUGAAAAAAAUCGUUUUAUUUUUAACUUGCAAAAAAAAAGUUGCUAAAAAAAAUUAAACACUUUUUUUUAAAAGCGUCA